AUGAAAAGUUCAACUGAAAAUUUUGAAUCUUCAACAAAAAAUAGUAAACCUAGAAAUAAGAUUUAUUUACAAGUAAGAGAUUCAACAAAAUGUUGUAAUGAAGCAUUAAUUACAAAUCCUAAAAAUGUCAAUACUCUUUAUGUUAUGGGAAAGUGUUUGAUUCAACAAGAAAAUUUUGGAAUGGCUAAAGAGAUUAUAGAAAAGAUUAAAAAUCUGGAUCCCGUAAAUGUUUAUGGAAAUAUUUUAGAAGGACAUGUAUUAUUAAAAAAUGGACAACUUCUUGAAUCUUAUAGUUUAUUUUCUAGUGCUUAUAAAAAUAUUAUAUUCCAUGACGUUUAUUUAUCUUACGGUCUUGGUCUUUUUUAUGACACUUUAGAAAAACACGAAUUGGCAAGAAAGUGGUUUACAUUGUGUUUAACUUCAGAUAUUGAACUUUUUAAAUAUUUAGAAAUUAUGUACAGAAUAGGUGUAUGCUAUAAAAAAGAAAAAAAACUUUUUGAUGCAUUAGGAGUAUUUGAGCGUCUAGAAACAUUUGUUAAAACAGACCUAUUUCAAGAUGAUGUCAGAUUGCAAAUUGCACAUGUUUAUGAGAUUAUGAACGAACAUGAUGUUUGUAACGAUUUUUUAAGUAAAUUGAAAGGAUCACGACAGACAAACAUUUUUAUUAACAGAUUAAAAUCAUGGAUAUAUUUUAAGACUAACAACUUUGACUUAAUUAAGGGUUUAUUUGAAUGUCCGAAGGACAAGGCACAACAUAAAAGCUAUAAGUUUUCUGUUAAAAAUUUGCAGAAAGAAUUAAAUUAUUGUGAUUGUUCUAUUGUCAAUGAUGUUAAAGAUCAUUACAUUUUAUAUUUAUUGGGAAGGUCAUUGAUUUUGGAAGGAGAAUACGAUACUGCUUUAGAAUUAUUUAAUAUAUGUACACAAUUAGAUCCAAAAUCUUAUCUUGCUUUUAAUUCUGCCGGCAUAAUAAAUUAUAAACGUAAAAACUACGAAACAGCAAAAAAGUCAUUUCAAGAUGCUUUAAAUAUAAAACCAAAUUUUUAUGACGCAAUAAAUAAUCUGAAAGUAGUAAACUACAAGAUAAACAACAAAUUUUGUGCUACAAAAAUUUUGGAAUCAGAUCCAGAUAUUUUUCUAACCAAAUAUUUGGAUUCUCAGAUUAUUUUUAAUGAGUGUAUAUGUUACCCUAAUAACACUGAAACAAGUAGCUUGCCUGAUUUGGAUCCAAUAAAAUUUGAAAACUUUUGCUAA